AUGGACACGCCUCGUCUCAGCAACGCCCCCUCGCCGUCCUCCAAGCUGUCGCCCCUCCCUCCCUCCCACCGCUAUACAACGCUCGAACGUCGCGCCACGCCGCACUCGCUCCGGCGCCAAUGGGACGCGAGUGUUGGUCACGGCUGUCGUCGCGUCGUCACGACCCUUCAGCACUGCUCGCGCUCCUUUUUAUGCUCGACGCGUUCUGAUUCGACCACCGGAAUGAUGACGCAAGCUUCGGUUUGCGGUCGUCACGUCGCGACUUCAACGUGCUGUUCUUAUUACUGGCACCACCCGGCGGUUUGUCAGCGGGAAGUCCUCUGUGGCGUCGCGGCUAUGCUCCUAAUGAUGCCUGAGACAGUCGCGUUUAGCUACGCAGCGAACGUGGACCCGGUCAAUGGCCUUUACGCUACCGGGAUCCUCGGGAUCCUCGUGAGUCUUCUUGGAGGCGUCCCUGCGACUGUCGCAGGCGCUGCGGGAGCAGUUGCCAUGGUCUUGCCGUCGAUAACAAGCAGCUCUGGGUCCUUGUCGUACUUGACGUACGACGAGCGAUUGCAGCACUUGUUCGUGGCUGUGACGCUUGCCGGCGUCUUGGAGCUCGUCUUUGGUCUCUUGGGUCUCUCGACGCUCUUUUCCAUGAUCCCACGGACCGCUCACAUUGGCUUCUUGAAUGGCCUGGCCAUCAUGAUGUUCCUGUCGCAGAAAACCACGAUCCAAACGUGUGUCGACGACAGCAGGACUUUCGGAGCGUGUGAAGUUGCUGGAGACCUCGAGUGGAUGAAAGCGUCGUCUCCAACGACGUGGGUUACCAUUGGCCUUGUGCUGCUCACCAUGGUCAUCAUGCAGUACUUUUCCAAGGUGCCGUACCUUGGCCCUUUGGUUCCACCCACGCUUGUUGCAGCAGUGGUUGGCGUUGGGCUGGAGUUUGGCAUCAAUCGUCCGCUGCUUGGAUAUGACGUACGAACGAUUGGGGAUACGUCUCCGCUCAGCGGUGGACUACCGACUUUUGCUCUUCCCGCGUUUCAAGACGUGCGAGACUGGGGAGUUGUGCUCUCGACAGCAGCAAGUGUCAUGGCAGUUGGACUGUUCGAGUCGCUCAUGACGCUGCAGUCGGUUGUUGAUCUGAAGAAGGAGCAGCUGUCGCAAAAAGCUACGCGGAAAGAGUGCAUUGCACAGGGUGUUGGCAACAUUUUGUGCGGCUUCUUCUCUGGGAUGGGAGGCUGCUCCAUGAUCGCGCAGUCGAAUGGAAACGUGCUGAACGGUGGUCGAUACCGUCUCUCGGCGUUCAUGGGUGGAGUGUGCACUUUUCUCGUCGUGCUUUUUGCAAGCUCAGUCAUUGAGCACGUGCCUGUGGCUUGCCUUACGGGAAUUCUGUUCGUGAUUGUCAUCCAUACGUUCUACUGGCCGUCGCUGAAGCUCAUUUUCCGUGCCAAGAUCGAAGACACCAUCGCCAUUGUCCUCGUGACCGUGCUUGCUGCUACUACGAACCUCGCCAUUGCAGUCAUCAUUGGCGUUAUCUGGCAGUGUCUCGUCAAUAGCUGGCAGAGCGGUCGAAAGCUCACGUUUCACACUGGCACGGAAGUUGUGCCUGUUGUCAGCAUGUGCACCGACAGCGAAGAACCCACACACCAGGAAGUGGCCAUGGUGUAUUAUGUGAGAGGCCAACUUCUCUUCUCGUCCGUGGCUUCGUUCCGCGAGUUCUUUGACGUCCUUCACGACCCGGACGUUAUCAUCGUGGACAUGAGCGACUGCACGCUUGCUGAUUUCUCGGCUGUUGCGGCAUUGCGUGAAGCUGCUUUGCGCUAUCGUGAUGCUGGCAAAACGCUUGUGGCUCGCAAUCUCGAUGUGCAGUCGCUCGACAUGUUGAAUCAUGACUUUGGCUGGGCUUCGGUCGAAUGCAUUCAAGUGGCAGUAUCCGAUGCUUCUCCUAAUGAUGAUGAGCUUGCCAAGAGUAAGAUUGACAAAGACUGCUCGUCUCAGGCAUCGCUGCAUCAAUUGCACACUCCGAUACCGGACGAGACUACCACCGCCUACCACCCUGCUGGGCUGUAA